ACACUUUCACUGAGGGAAUUCAUACAGCAGCAGCCUACCAAUAAACUCACCGCUGCGCAUCACAGCUUAGCAUCCUCACACAAACUAUCUGCAGACAACAUUUCAGACAGCAGCCGCAGCAUCCUCUGCAGAAUUAGCCCGGAGGAAACCAUGAGAUUUCUCUCUCAAAUACGAAAACAUUAGCGCACAACUGAGCAAGGCGAGUCGAACACGUCAUCGGUUUAAUCUGGACUUUCCUCGCGUCCAGGCACAUACUUAGGCUACGGCUCUAGUCUGUCCUAAUUAAAACUGAACUAAGAAUCGAUCGCACUAUUCUGCAGGCAUUUUAACGCGCUUUUUUUUUUUUUUUUUUUUUUUUUAAAGCAAAUCGGACAUCCUGUAUAUAUUUAUUUUCGCAUAUAGCUACUUUUACAACAGAAGCAACCCCACACUGGUUUAUAUCAUAUUAUGAUGUGCGCAUUUUGGACAUACGCAGAAGCCAGUAAAGGACUGAGAAUAAUUUGUGGAAUUUUGAAAUAAUUGACAUUUUCUUACAUUGACACGUUGACCUGCGACAUUCGACAUCGGCAACUUUAGACCACCACUUUAGGGUUUCUGGAUAUCACUAAGAUCUGUAUAUGCAUUUUAACUAUCCGUACAACGCAGGAGAAAAGUUAACUUCAGACACUUCUCAAAAGCACAAGCGCGUGCUCUUAUCCAGCUCUCCGUGCUAACCGAGUUUAGGUGAAGUUGCGGCAUCAAAAUUAGAGUAUGGUUAAGUAGCAUCGUAGGCGUGCUCGCGCAUUUCACCCUAACAGUAAACCAAACAGCUUUUCUAUCCAGUUCAAACUUCCACCCCUCGCGCGUAAGGUGCGGGCAGGACGAGCACAUCACGCGGACUGCAGCCUCAUCCAGCAGCAUCAAUGUCAUUGCACGCCACCUAAAAGCACCAGUUGUCUCUUCGCUGAACGCAGAAAACGCGAGACGUAGAAUGGCCGAUGCGCUUGUAAGCAUCACUAAUGGGAUUGUGUUGUGACUUGUUCGGCUGGAGGGAAGGCUGCUCUCGCAAACGUCCACAUAGACUCAGUCCGUGUUCCACUGCUCUGAGCGGGUAUGAUCAGGAUCUUCCCGGAUUUCAGCGUUCAGGUGACGGCGGCAGCAGGAGGGGGAGCCGGGGGAAUGCCAGCAGCUUCAGCCGUGGGACGAGUCCCGGGUGCAACUAACGGGAAUCCGCAAAACGUCCAGGGGUUGACGGCUUACCAACAAAGCGACCCUUACUGGGAGAGGCCAGCUAAUGCCAGCUCCUGUUCAGCCACUAGGCCCAAGACACUCCACCUUGGAGGGCAACAACAUACCUCAUCACCAUGGUUGCAGGCUCUGAGGAAGGAGAAGUCACGUGACGCAGCGCGCUCCCGCCGGGGAAAGGAGAACUUUGAGUUCUACGAGCUGGCUAAGAUGCUGCCCCUGCCAGGAGCCAUUACCAGCCAGCUGGACAAGGCCUCCAUUAUCCGCCUCACCAUCAGCUACCUGAAGAUGAGGGACUUCGCCAACCAGGGCGACCCACCAUGGAACCUGCGGAUUGAAGGCCCACCACCUAACACCUCAGUCAAAGCUAUUGGCUCUCAGCGGAGGAGGAGCCCCAGUGCAGUUGCUACAGAGAUCUUUGAGCCUCACCUGGGCAGCCACAUCCUGCAGUCCCUGGAUGGAUUUGUAUUUGCACUAAACAAGGAGGGGAGGUUUUUGUACAUCUCCGAGACCGUGUCCAUAUACCUGGGGCUUUCACAGGUGGAGUUGACAGGUAGCAGUGUGUUCGACUAUGUCCACCCCGGCGAUCAGGUGGAAAUGGCAGAGCAGCUUGGGAUGAAACUGCCUCCAGGGCGGGGCCUGCUCUCCCAGGGAGGCGGGGCAGAGGAUGGGGCUAGCUCCGCCUCCUCUUCCUCCCACUCCGAGACUCCAGAGCCAGUGGAAUCCAACAGUCCUGGUCACCUCUCUCCCGAUAACUCUCUGGAGCGUUCCUUCUUCAUCCGGAUGAAGUCCACGCUGACCAAGAGGGGCGUUCACAUCAAGUCCUCCGGAUACAAGGUGAUCCACAUCACAGGCAGGCUGAGGAUAAGGAUGGUGCUGACGCACAACCGAUCGGUGCCCAAUCAGGUCAUGGGCAUGGUGGUUGUGGCCCACGCUCUCCCUCCUCCCACCAUUAACGAGGUUCGCAUCGACUGCCAGAUGUUCGUCACACGUGUCAACAUGGACCUUAACAUUGUCUACUGUGAGAAUAGAAUUAGCGACUACAUGGACCUUACACCUGUGGACAUCAUUGGGAAAAGAUGCUAUCACUUCAUCCACGCAGAAGACGUCGAGGGCAUUCGCCAUAGCCAUUUAGACUUGAUGAAUAAGGGCCAGUGUGUGACCAAAUAUUACCGCUGGAUCCAGAAGAGCGGGGGCUACAUCUGGAUCCAAUCUAGUGCCACCAUCGCCAUCAACACCAAGAAUGCCAACGAGAAGAAUAUAAUCUGGGUGAACUAUGUGCUUAGUAAUCCAGAAUACAAAGACACGCCCAUGGACAUCGCACAGCUUCCUAACCUGCCAGAGAAAGCCUCCGAGUCCUCAGAAACAUCGGACUCGGAAUCCGACUCUAAGGAAAACUCUGAAGACAAUGACAACUCCAAGUCGGACGGGAAGGGGAAUCAGUCCUCAGAGAACAGCGAGGACCCAGAGUCGGACAGCAAGAAGCCCGCGGGCCGGCCGUCGGAGCAGGAGAUGAGGAGGCAGGAGGAGGGAGACAGCUCCAGCAACGCGGAGAGCCAGGACAGCGACGACAGCCUGGAGCCCUCGGACUGCGAGCCCGAGCUCAAGCAGGAGCGUCUGGCCCAGCUGGGUGGCCUGCACGUCAAAGUGGAGCGCUACGGUGACGGCGAGGUGGCCGAGCUGCGGGCUUCGCCCGCGUCUUCCUCCGAGGAGGAAGAGGAGGACGAGGAGGAGGAGGAGGAAGAGGAGGAAAACGACAGCGGCAUGAGGGACUGUAACAGCGGAGGGGAGCUGAGCGGCCCGGCGGCCAGCAAGCACCAGAAGAGGAAGAAAAGGAGGAAAAAACAGAAGUGGGAGGUGGGACAUCAGCGGCUGCGGCUGUCUCCCUCGGCAACGGCAACCACCCCGAGCCCCGGCAGUCUGGAGCCCCCGCUGAGCGAGCAGCCUCCCCUGUUGCCCCCCCCCUCGCCCACCACCGCCUCCGUGCUCAAGAUCAAAACGGAGAUGGCCGAACCCAUCAACUUCGACAACGACAGCAGCAUCUGGAACUACCCACCCAACCGGGAGAUCUCCCGCAAUGAGUCACCCUAUAGCAUGACGAAGCCUCCAGCCUCCCACGAUGCCUUCCCCUCCCCCCAGGUAGCCAUCCCGGACUCUGUCCUGACUCCGCCCGGCACAGAGAGCGGGGCCAAUGGCAGGAAGCCCAACUUCACAAAUAGCAGCAGCAGCAGUAGCAGCAACAGCGCCCCCACCUCAGCCUCUGGCCCCGCCUCUGCCGGCCUGGCCCCGCACUCCAAUUCGUCUGCAUCCGACCCCCUCUCCCCACCUCUUUCGGCCUCGCCGCGGGACAAGCAGCAGGCCACGCCCACCUCACAGGGGCCCCUCCUCUACAGUAGCGAUCUGGAGGCCCUCCAGCGGCUGCAGGCGGGGAACAUGGUACUCCCGCUGGUGCACCGGGUCACGGGCACGCUCGCGGCCACCAGCACGGCCGCCCCGCGCGUCUACACCACUGGCACCAUCCGAUAUGCCCCUGCAGAUGUCACCCUGGCCAUGCAGGGCAACCUACUGCCCAACGCCCAUGCCGCCGUCAAUUUUGUGGACGUCAACGGGCCUGGGUUCGGCAUCGACCCCAAGACGCCCAUGGAGAUGCUGUACCAUCACGUGCACCGGCUCAACAUGUCCGGCCCGUUUGGGGGUGCGGUCAGCGGGGCGGGGCUCACUCAGAUGCCCACCUCCAACGUCUUCACCACGGCAGAGGGACUCUUCUCCACGCUUCCAUUCCCAGUCUAUAGCAAUGGCAUCCACACGACACAGGCUCUGGAGCGCAAGGAGGAUUGAAACAAACCACCAAGACCAUAUUACUGUGUUCGACUUCAACUGUGUUCAAAUGAAUCUGUAGAGGCAUAAGACUGUGUUUCAAGUUGGGGGGAUAAAAUGGAAUGUUCUAGCACUUUGAAUUCCAAGCAAUUGAGCUUGUGUAACUGAAAUGAAUGGUUUCUCUUCCUGUAUCGUUCUAUCUCUCUUUUCUCUUGCGUCCUCUCCUUCCUCGUUCUCUUUAUUCUUUCUCUGGUUGUCAGUGACAUUUUCUCUGAACAAACUAAACAGGCUCAGAGAGUUUUCUUUGGCCACAGAGAAGUCACAGUGCCGUGGUGUGUGGUUUCUCUGUGGUAAAGCAAGGUGUACUUUUUUGACUUAAAGGCAAUUCAAAAAGGAGAUUGACAUGAAAAGAAACUGUUCUCAUUUUUAUCUUGAUGUGAUCAAGUUUGACGCUGACAAAAGGAUGUUACCCUGUUUGACUUAAAUGAAAGGGGUUUAGGGUUCUUUCUUAAUGAGGGAAUAGUAUUUUAGAAAUAAGGCUUUUUCUUCGUUUUUUUAUAGCUCAGAUUUAACUUACAAAUCAUGCAUUUAAAAAAUAAGCAAUUUAGCCGGGUAUUGACCUGUGAACAGAAUGUCACUACGCACUCCCAGGACUUUGGAACAUGUCAGUGUGAGAUUCCUCCAGCUCCAUCUUUUUCCAAAUCCAUGGUGCUAUCAUCAACUAACCCUCACUCAGCUGGCUGAUGUAGGUACUGUUCCAGAGCUCAGCACGAAUGACAACUUGAGAGAUUUUCUACUGAAAAGUCCAACCUCUAACAGACAACUUUAUUUUUCUCUGGGUUCAUCCACUGCAGAAAGUGGAAGAGGCCCUUAUGACGGCUUAAUCCGAUUGGGCCAGAGAGUAGCGAAGGCUCUUGGGGUGGCACGAUCUGAUUGGGCCAGAGAUUGGCGAAGGCUCUUAUGGUGGCUUGAUCUGAUUGGGCCAGGAAAGGCAUCUGGAGCAAGCUGAUUCUGUUUCUACCUUUUAAGUGAAUCACUUUUUUUCUCUCAGUGUAACUGAGGCUAAUUUUUGCAUCAUAAACUUGAAGAUGAAUGUGAAACUCUAACAGACUCUGGUCAGAGGUUUUUUCCCCUACUCCCUCUUUUCAUUGGAAGCCUGGUAACUUUUAUCAUCAAUACCACAAAAUCAGUUUACCUAUAUCCUUCAUGGACUCUGAAAACCACAUAUCAAGGAGAUUGUAAUAAGGACAUGCAUUUUCAAUCAAAAAUGUGUUUUGAAAAAUCACAUUCCUAAUUUUUUUUCCCCCCCACUGUUGCCAAAAAAAAAAAAAUUACUGUCACAGUUUGAUGUUAAAAACACUGUGAAUUAUCAUUUGAAAAAGAAAAAAAAAAGAAUGAAAGAAAAGUAAUAAAACAGAAGAAAACGUUCGUCUUUUGGCAGCCAUUCAUCACGUCAUCUAUUACCAAGCGUGAUAACCGUAAACGUGUACAAUGUGUAAGUGUCAUUGGCUGUCACUCUCCAUAGCGAUUUCAGUGUGUGUUACUAUAUGCAGUAUAUACCAAGCUGAUGUAGCUGUUUCGUCCUUUGUCCUCUCUGUGCUAGUUUGGGCUUGGGCAGGGAGACCCUAGUUCCCCCUCCUAGUCCCCUACAGUCUUAGUGAACCAGUGGAGGUUAGUGGGUUUUUGUGUGGUGGCCUUCCAGUGUAGUGUCACCUUUAUGCUGCUUCCUUUCUGUCUGUGUUACUUUUCUGUUCCUGCUGUUGCUUUGCUGUCGUGUAGUCUACAGACCUCUCUCUUUUUCUCAGAGAUAAAAGACUCUUAACUAGCUCAAAGGUUUAAGGAGCCAUUUUUUUGCCACUGAGGAAUUCUGGGAUUGCUGUUUCCAGCUCAAAACAGAUGAGGAUUAAAACUGCAGUAGCAUUUAGACCUAAAGUCUGAACUGGAACCUCAAAAGCCCAAGUUGUGAAACAUUCCCAGAGUCCCUUGAGCUUCUCACGUGCAUUGGGUGUAUUUCAUUGGUUUCCACCAACCUGUUGACUUCAAGGACCCUGCAACUCACAGGUAAUAAACUAAAAUGAUCAUGGCAGUAUUUCAGGACAAUAAACGAUUUUAAAGAUUUCUAAAGAGAUGACAAAAAUUUCGCACUAUAAAAUCUAUUUUUAUAGGUGUUUUGGAAAUGCAUGUUUACUAAGUUAAUUGUUUGGUUUUACUCCGUUUCGUUCGGUCCAGGAGCUUUGUUAGAGUUCAGUGUUUUUUAGUCUGUCCUGCAAUGAGGAAGGGAAGCCUGGUGUCUUUUUACAGAAUCGGGCGACUCCCGAAAAUCAGGAAACUCCUGUCUGUGGUUUCUGUGAUGUGAUGUAACUUAAACCCAGGUCAUGAUGUUGGUGUUUUUAAACGAGCUUGUUGUUGUUGAAGUUGCAGGAGAGCUUGGUGUCACUGUCGGAGGUUAGUGGGACUUCGGUGUUUUCCACGCUGGUGAA